AUGACGGUCAAAGCCGAAGCUUCGGGAUCCACGCUAACUUACUCCAAGAUGAGAGGGAUGGUGGCAAUACUGAUCGCUUUCAUGAAACAGAGACGAAUGGGGCUGAAUGACUUCAUUCAAAAGAUAGCCACCAACUCCUACGCAUGCAAACACCCUGAAGUUCAAUCUAUUUUGAAGAUCUCCCAGCCUCAAGAGCCUGAACUUAUGAAUGCCAAUCCUUCUCCUCCACCCAGUCCAUCCCAGCAGAUCAACCUUGGCCCUUCUUCUAACCCACAUGCUAAACCAUCAGAUUUCCAUUUCCUGAAGGUCAUUGGAAAAGGCAGCUUUGGGAAGGUUCUUCUUGCAAGGCACAAGGCAGAAGAGCACUUCUAUGCAGUAAAAGUCCUCCAGAAGAAAGCAAUCCUGAAAAAGAAGGAGGAGAAACACAUAAUGUCAGAACGCAACGUCCUACUGAAGAACGUGAAGCACCCUUUCCUGGUGGGACUCCACUUCUCCUUCCAGACUGCAGACAAGCUGUAUUUUGUCCUAGACUACAUCAAUGGUGGAGAGUUGUUCUACCAUCUCCAGAGGGAACGUUGCUUCCUGGAGCCAAGAGCUCGUUUUUAUGCUGCUGAAAUCGCCAGUGCACUGGGUUACCUGCAUUCACUGAAUAUAGUUUACCGGGACUUGAAGCCAGAGAACAUUUUGCUGGAUUCUCAAGGCCACAUUGUCUUGACUGACUUUGGACUCUGCAAAGAGAACAUAGAACACAAUGGCACAACUUCCACAUUUUGCGGCACUCCUGAGUACCUUGCCCCCGAAGUCCUUCACAAGCAACCCUAUGACCGGACUGUUGACUGGUGGUGCCUUGGGGCCGUUUUGUACGAGAUGCUUUAUGGACUGCCCCCUUUCUAUAUA